AUGUUCCCAUUUGGAGAAAUGCGUAUUUAUCACUGUGAUUUAAGACUAGACAAUGUAGUCGUCGAUGUCAGUAAUAUAAAAUUAACCGAUUUUGGUUUAGCAGUCAAAGAAGAGAGAGGCCUUGAUAUUCAAUUUUUCCUCCGGAGAUGUAUGACCAUUACUACAUUCCGUACAAACUAUCAACAGCACAAAUAUGUACACUUGGAUGUGUCUUUUACCAGCUUUUUGAAGCAACUGUGA